AUGAUGUGGAAAGGACCCAACAGGAAGUCAAACCAGAAACUCAAAAUUCUUGAUUCUGGAAGUCUUGUGCAGAAAUUUCGGCCUAUGGUGCAAUACAUAGGUGCUCAAACUGUGCACAUUGUUGGAGAUAGCCUGGGUUGGGAAAUACCCCCAAAUAACUCAGUCUCAUACACCAAUUGGGCUGCAGGCAAAUCCUUCAUGGUUGGCGACAUCCUAGUGUUUAACUUCAUGACCAACCAACACGACCUCCUCCGAGUACCAAAAGCCUCCUACGAUGGAUGCAGCGAUGACAAUGCCAUAGGCAGUGCCAUCACAACUGGACCUGCAAACGUGACUCUCGACUCUGCAGGCGAGCACUACUACAUUUGCACCUUCGGCAGACAUUGCCAAGCGGGCCAGAAGCUAGCCAUAACAGUCUCAGGAACGCCAGGGGCCAACCCGCCAACUUCCAGCCCACCAACCACUCCUACAACCCCUUCUCCCACCUCGAGUCAGCCUGAUGCAUGUGCACCAACUCCAUCUUCAGCUCCAAAUGCUGGUGAGCCUGUGGCGGCACCUCCACCUGCUGGAACCCCUCCUCCACCUUAUUCUUCCUCAACAUUUGUGUUUACGAGCUUCUUACCAGCUCUGCUGUCCAUUGGAGCGGCUUUAGUUAUUUAA